AAGUCUGCAGUGAGUUAGGUCUGUCUGUCAGUCGGCGAAGGGUUAAACUGGGAGUUUGCAGCAGUCUCUCCUUUCUGUCCACGACAUUUAGCGGAAAACAUCUGACUCCUGCUCGUUUUCCGAGAGCUGUGUUUUGGGUUCUACUCAUUUUUUUGCGCCGGAGCCGCGGAGGCAUCACGGGAACAAAAGUCACCGUUUCGACAGCGGGGUUUCAACAUCUCACUACGCGCUUUCAAACAGGCAAAUAACAAGAAAAGCAUGUGUGGGUGUUAGGAGUCAUCUGUUCAGUUGACCUCGCUGCCCUCUGAACACGGAGCUGCCGCCUGCUUUACCACCGACUGUCCACUUGUCCAUUGAGGCUCACUCCACACCAUGUCUGCAGAAGUGGAGAACAGCGCGCCUGUCCCUGCUGAUCCCAGCAUUGCAUCCCCAUCGACAACCUCAACUAAUGACCCCUCCGCCUCACCCACAACGGCCACAUCCAAGGUCCCAUUUAAAAAAGAGAAGAAGAAAGUCCCAGAGAAGACAGAUGAGUACUUGCUGGGCAGAUUUCAAGGGGAUGGUGUGAGGUACAAGGCCAAGCUGAUUGGCAUCGAUGAUGUCUCAGAGGCCAGAGGGGAUAAGAUGUGCCAGGACUCCAUGAUGAAACUUAAGGGUAUGGCAGUAGCUGCUCGGUCCCAAGGCAAACACAAACAGAGGAUCUGGGUCAACAUUUCCAUGUCGGGCAUCAAGAUCAUUGAUGAGAAAUCGGGAGUGAUUGAGCACGAACAUGUGGUGAAUAAGAUCUCCUUCAUCGCCAGAGAUGUAACAGACAACAGGGCAUUUGGAUAUGUGUGCGGAGCGGAAGGGCAGCAUCAGUUUUUCGCCAUAAAGACCGCACAACAGGCAGAGCCCCUGGUCAUCGAUCUGAAAGAUCUUUUCCAAGUCAUCUUUAACAUGAGGAAGAAAGAGGCAGAGAGCUCACAGAAGGGUGAAAAUGGCAGCACUGUAGUUGAGAAUGGAAGUGAUGCCUUGCAAGGUGAAGCAAAAACCGCUCAACCAGUGGAGCAACAUGACCUUUUUGGAGACAUAACGACCCCUCCAGACAUCCAGGCUCCAAAUGACUCUAAUGAUAUUCUCUUGCUGGACUUUUCUGCUGAAGUCGACAGCAAUCAGAAUUGCAUAAAGGGAAACUCCUUUGUAACUUCCUGUGCCCCUGACCGUAGGGCAUGUCCCCAGACAGAGAAUCCCUUUUCCUCAACAUUUGGCUACUUUCCAACCCCAGACAGUGACCCUUUCAGAGAUGACCCCCUUUCUAAAUCACCCACUUGGUCGGAACCUGAUUAUUCACAGAUCUCCCUCACUGCCACUAAUCGCCUAAACAACGCCACUGGCAACACUUGUACAACAAUUAUUAACGGUGGUUUGAAUGGAGACUCUGAACACCUCAGUCAGCAGAUAAAUGGGUUGUCCAGUAAGAACAUGAUCCUCGCUCUCAGUAAUGGACAGUGGCCACUAGGGGGCAAAAUAACUCAGGGCAACACAAUUACCAUGAUGGACGGAAAUGAAUCCGGAACAGUUCUCUCAACCAAAAACCCAUUUUUUGACUCUUCUUUGAAAACUGCCCCCGUCCCUAAUGGUGUAACUGAUCACCCACAAUCCUCAGUGUCUCAUAGCAAGGAUUCAGUUGUCAUAAGCCCGCCUCCGCAGAGCUCUAAGGCUGGACGAGGUCGAAGGAGCGCAAAGUCCACAGCAAGUGACCUGUUUGGAGCAGACCUCUUUGCUGCUCCCAGUCAAUCUGAAGGCUCAUCUGCAUCAGCGGGCCUUUUCAACAGUACACCUGCCACCUCCACUCCCUCCUCCAUAGCUGCUCUGGGGAAUCUUCAAUUAGGUCCCCCAGCUACCACAGGCAUCCCUGCUGCAGGCAUGUGGGGAGCCUCAGUCACCGCACCCUCCAUGUUCACCAUCCCAGGUGGGGCCGCUCCAGGCCCUAUGAUAACCUACCCACAGCCAUCUGCCUUUGGUGGCCUACCCAUACCACCCACAGCCUGGAGCCAGCAGAUGCCACCUCAUUUCAGUCCUGCGCCCUUAUCCCCACCACAUCUCAACUGGGCCCAUCCUCCACAAGCUUCUCCAGGUUGGGGUCAGCCCAACAUGACCAAUCCUUUCCAGUCUGGCCCGUCGCGCCCCCCUCCUAGGCCACCUGCUAAGGAGGCCCCAAAGGUAGAGAACAGUGCCUUCACAGCUUUGGACCCCCUUGGAGAUAAAGAGAAGAAGAUUGGAAAGGACAUGUUCAAGGACUUCCAGAUUGCCAAACCGCCAGCCAUCCCAGCGAGGAAAGGGGAGCUAGUGUCCAACUCUGCUCCAGCUCCCAGCAGCAACGAAGCUGGAAAAUUCGAUCAGUACUUUAACAGUAAAGUGGGCCUUCCUCAGGAUAUGGCAGAUCACGAUGACUUUGAUAUCAACCAAAUUACAGCAGCUCCUGCUCCAGCUGCAGCCCCAGCCCCGAGCUUUAACCCUGGCCUCCUUGAUGCCGCCUUCUCUUCUGCACCUGUUGCAAACAAUUCAGCCCAGGGACCCAAUCAGGACAUGUUUGAUCAAGCAUUUGGGGCCCCUGUAGCCAUGCAGACUGCUGCUGUCGGUCAGACUUCAGCUUCAACAGCUGCUUUUGGAGGUCCUUUUGGGAAUCCCUUCGCUUGACCAUGACUUUGUCCAUAAUUGAAAUGGAGAAAAUGGAGAUCUUGACAUGAAAAAACAUCUUUGGGACAAACUGCUACAAUGUGCGCAAGACAAUCCAGAUGAUGAACUUUUCCAACUCUUGUCCCUGACCCACCCGUCUUUUACACCUCCACCUCUGAUGUUGUUUUUUCUAUCCAAUCAGUAGUUCCCCUUAUUUCUAAAGACCACUGAUCUAAGAAGUAAAUGUUAUGUCCUGAUCUGCUGAAGGAAGAAAUGUGGUGUGUGUGAGAGAAGGCACGUCCAAAGAGGAUGCUGUCUGUGUUAAAGAAAUAAAAUAAUACAAUCAUAAUGAUGC